UUGGCGUCACUCUCGUCGUGCGAUGCGAUGGCGAUGUGUGUGAUUUUUUCGGCCAUGGAAGACAAUUCUGAAACCCACAUGGAGACUGAUGUUACUUCGACCACUGAGGAUGUACCUGAGACGCAGGAGGUGACUGGAUCAAAUGGCAGUGUUGAAAUGGUUAUUGUAGUGGAGAAAAUGGAAGAAGAGGAGGACAACAACAAAACAGACAAGGCCCUAUUAGAUUCCGAAAUAAUAUCAACAGGUCCAACAGAGCUAUCCUCCGAUGAGAGAUCCUCGCCAGCUAAAGAUCUUGAUCAACCAAAGACGGUUAUCGUUUCACCAACUAAAGAUAUUGAACAGCCAUGUAGUUCAUCUUAUGUCAAUGCAACCGUUCCAAUUUCACCUUGUAACAUACCUUCGCCGAUUAAGCCAACCACAGAAGAUGUAACUUCAGACUUAUUGCAGACUGAAGUAGUUGAUUCUUCAAGUAAAAUGGAAAUUACUAAUCCUGUCACUGAGAAUAUUACAAAUCCAGAAAUAAAUCCACCAAAAAUGGUUCAAGAUAUUGAUGAACCUGAAGACAAAUCUCUUAAAGAUAUUCAAUCAACGGCAACACCUAUUAUAACACCAGAAGAAAUUCCAUUGCAUGAAAGCUCUAAUGACAAUGUUGUUAUGACAAUCCAGUUGUCAGAAAAAGCCGAGUCAAAAACACCUACUCCUGCUGCAAUGCCAAUAGAUGUCAUAGUCGAGAGAGAAGAUCAAAAUGUCUCUCAAGUUGAAAUACCAGAAGUGCAAGAAAAAGAUCACAAUAAAAGCAUCAGUAGAGAGCUUAAGUCUCUUAUAAAAUCUGCAAAGGAGUCAAAGAUAAUAAGUGAAUGUACUCAAUUAAAAACCAAGACCAGGAAAUCUAGAGUUAUUCUAGAUAGUUCUAAUGCUAGUCUCAAUGCUUCCAUUGAAGCUGAAAAAAUACAUGGAGCCAGAAGACACAGUAAUAACUCACAGAAGAGCAAUUGUAGUGAGAAAUCUGAUAAACCUGUCACGAAAAGAUCUAUGCGGUCACAGAACCCUGAAUUUGUGAAUAAAGUGAAACAAUUCUUAAAUUCUGUCACUGGGAAAAUGCAAAAAGAGGAUGAUAUGACCGAUGAUGAACUCGAGGAGAAUAAACCAGGUGAAAAGGUUGAAGGGAUGAGGUCUCAGUCUGGCACUCCUAAAAAGAAAAAACCUGAAACACUUCAGGUCCCGGGAAAACUUCAGUCAGAUUUGUAUUGCUGGCGUUGUCAUUGGCAAGUUGAACAGGCUGAACACGAGAAGACCCAUGCUCCAAUGCAUUGUAAUGUCUGCCCUCGAUCAUUCCACUAUAGAUGUUUGUCAAGUGCAGAGCGUAAUAAAAUUACAGAAGAUAAAAGCUGGGUGUGCCCUGAUUGCUUAAUAAUACUGAAUGCAGAAAGCUCUGAAACUAGAUCACCGGCAAUGAAAAAGAUAUCAUUGGGAAUGCUUUGUGAGCUACUAAAGUUUGCAUUGGAGAGGAUGAUGGAUCUGAAUGGGGUGGAGCCAUUCAUGACCCCGGUUGAUCGCGAAGCGUUUCCCGACUAUGAGAAAUACGUGGUGCACCCCAUGGACCUAUCCCGCAUGAAGUCGAACAUCGCCAACGGCCUCUACGGAAGCACCGAAGCUUUUUACGCUGACGCCCAAUGGAUACUCCACAAUAGUAUUAUAUUCAACACACGUGAGUUGGUUCAGUCGAAGUUGACCGGCGCCGCGAGGGCGGUGGUGCGCUCGUGUCGUGCGGAGAUGGGCGAGAUCGAGGCGUGUCCCGAGUGCUACGCGGCCGCGCAUGCGCGCAAACCCACCUGGUUCACAGACGUGUGCUCCACUCCGCACAUACUCUUGUGGGCUAAACUUAAAGGGUUUCCAUAUUGGCCAGCGAAAGGCAUGUCGGUGAGUCCGGCCGGUCUGGUCGACGUGCGUUUCUUCGGCGCCCACGAUCGAGCCUGGGUGCCGGCCAAAGACUGCUUCCUGUACUCGGAGAAGGAUCCAAACAACUUUAGAACUAAGCGACAGGAUAUAUUGGACAGCAUGCAGGAAGCCGAAGAACACAUUCGUAACAUAUCGAGGAAGUAUGGAAAAUUCGUCUACCCCCCGUUCAGAACGCAAUUCGAUCCUGCGAAAUUAAACGAGCAAAUGAGAGUGAUGAUACCAUCGUUCGAGGGUGAGAUACGUGUUACGGUCAAGGAUAAAUCGCCGAAUACAACAAAAGACAAGAGCAGGACCAAUUCUAAAUGCUCUAAGAACUCUACAAAUGGCAGUGAUAUAAGCGAAGCAGAAGAUCUACUGGGGCAGCCUUGUAAUAAAAUUAAUGAUAAUAUUAAUGAUUCAAAGGACGAGGUGAUGGAGCAGAAUCAAAAGUUAAUGGAAGUUGACGAAUCUGCGGUGAAAGACACAAAAGAGACUGAAAACUCGCGGAAAAGACGGCGCUCCUGUGUUACAGACACACCGGUGCAAGACAACACAGCCAACGAGAAAAAAAAGCGAGUCGAUGAUGAAAAAUCUGAUAAAAAGAUAGACACAAAAGAUAUGAGCAAUAAAGAAUUACCAAAGAUCAAAAAGAAAGAACCAGAGAACGUUAUUAUUCCAAUAGACGAUGAUGAUUCAGUUAUCUCGAUCGAUGAGUCAAACGAUUCAGUCAAAGGUAAAGAGAAAAUAGUUGAGAAAAACCGAACCGUCACUCCAAUAAAAAUAAUAUUACCUAAACAUAACCGACACACUCCGAAAUCUAGCGGCACCAGAGAAUCUCCCAGAACUAGCACCCCCAACGAUAAAUCUCUUCUGGUGACGCCAAAAGAUGAAAGAUCCGCAUCAAAACAAAAAAAUAAACCAGGCAGGAGCUCCACAGAGAGACAAAGCAGGGAAAGCAAGAGUAGACAUGAAAAGAGAAGGAAUUCCAAAAGUAACAAAUCCCUGAACGGUAGCAUAAGUUCUAAAAAUGAAAAAAAUGACAGGAUGAAAACCGAUAAAAACAACGAAAACCCAAACGCUGCCAACAAAGAGAAACCCGCAAGUAAAAUAUCAGUUAUCAAAGUUAAAGAUAGCGAAGCGAUAAAAUUAGCAGAGAAGACUCCGCCCGCAGAGGCUGUGAAGUCGGUUAAAGAUCGAACGGCCGAGGAUGACGACACUAGUUUGGCGGCCAUCGCCCGCGACACGGCCCGGAAUGCCGACUCAGUCAUAAUGAGCAACCCGCCCGGCAUGCCCACAAUCAGCAGCGUCAGGUCCUUGUCCACACUGGCCCAGGGCACCUCAACGACGACCACAAAAACGAACACGGCAUCCGCGUCGGUGGACAUAACCGCGGACAGUGCGCCGGACUCGAGCGCGCUCAGCAAUACCGACUCGGCCAAGUCGCAGAAAGCGAGGAACGAGAACGAGCCCAUGGUGGGGAGGGUGGGGGUGCGGGCGUUCGCCAGGAUGACGUCACCGGAACGCAACAAAACUAACAAUGUGCAAGUAGAGAUCAAGACUGAACCGAUCGAUCUAGACGACCCGAGCAGGCACAUGGAGAAGAUGGAUCUGAUGAACGCAUUCAAACUCCGACCCGUGAAUCAAAGUUCCAGCCUACGUGAGGUGCGCUUUAAUAAGGUCGUUGUGACGCCUCUAACGCGAAGAGCGCCGACAGGGGCGGCCGAAAUACGUCCGCGUGCGAAGAAGACUUUCCCACAGCCCAAGAAACCCGAAGACUGCCAGCUCAACGGGAAGAACUCCAUGGUGUACAUACCCAUACAGCCGGCCAUCACCCAGGCGCCGGCCCGACUGGCGCGCCCCGCCCCCGCGUCCCUCGCCGGCCAGCCGCGCUGUGUCGCACCCAUCAUAGUCAGCAGCUCAGGAAACAAUGGUGUAAAUACAGUGACAACACAGAUGUUGCCGCCUACGCUGACGUCGGCCAGCACCGCGGUCACAACCCCAGUACAGUUGGCGCCCACAGUUGGGCAAGUGCCGACCACCGUCCACACGGUGCCCCUCAUGACUUCCGUCAAUGGACAGUGGAUGUUUAGUUUACAACCUGUGAUGUCCGUCGGAGCUAUCGAUUCGAACACAUCGCCGCUAGUGAACGGUGUUCCGGAAAGGCUCGGUCAAGCGGCGACCGUGGUGCCGGCCGCCGUCGUGUCACCCGCCCCUGCGACCCCCGCCUGCCCCGCGCCCCUUGCCGCUGCACCGCCGAGCCGGCCCGGAGACUCUGUCGUCACAAACACUCCCACAGAACUCCCGAGGUUACAGCAGCGGCCGCCGAUACAAAAUCCACUAGAUCCCAACUUCCCAAUUGGUAUUGUACCAGCACCAUCUACCGUCGGUCCUCUAACGGCUAAACUCAAUCAGAAUGCCAUCAAGCUAGCCGAUUUCUUCCGCACGCUACUGGAGGAUUCGCUGGAUAAUCUCGACGAUCCAUCGACGCAGGUCACGUCCCUGAAGCUGCAGCUCGAACAGACCAAGUGGAGGCACCAGCAGAGAUUGGACGAAAUCAAACAUAACUUUGAAUUAUCGGUGGCGGAAAUGCGGGCAACGUUCGAGAAAGAGAAACAGCGGCUCGUCAUGGAGACCAGGCGUCUGGCGCAAAUCGAAUUGGAGACAGCUGUCAAACUAGCUAAAUCCAAACAGUGGUGUGCGAACUGCAGCCAAGAAGCUCAGUUUUAUUGUUGCUGGAACACUUCCUACUGCGACUACCCGUGCCAGCGCGCGCACUGGUCGCAACACUACUCCGUGUGCACGCAGCAACGAUCGGAAGGCAACAAUAAUAAUAACAGCGACGGAACUAGCGCUCCGGAAAGUAGAUCGCAGACAGAUAAGUUGCCAGCGUUGCAGAAGAGCACCGUGGUGCCGACCCUCACGGUCGGCGGGAAACUUGCCUCCAGAUCAGCCAGCCAGGAUAGUACGCCAAUGUCUUCCAUCAUCAUGAGCAUGGUCGAGGACGUCAGCGGGAACCAAACGGUGAAAUGUGUGGGGACGUACAAUGGGAGCAAAGCCGGCGCCGUGCCCGCGCAGAUACCACCUCUCAUAAUCAACAAGCAGAUAAUGAACGAGGAGAACAAAAAAGUAGUAACGUCGGGAGGCUACCUCAUCGUGGGCUCCACGUCCAACGCCAGCGUCAACCCGCCGCGACGUACUCACACGCUGCAGUACUUCACUUAGCGCCAACCGAACUUGGAAAUAAUCCCGCGGACUGUCCAACAGAAGUAAGGUUAAAAUUUUAAUGGACAUUUUAGCGGAAUUGUAACCCAGUGGGGUCGAAAAUGUGAAAAUGUUGGACGUAGUUCAACAGAAAUAGCCCGCACUGAGCCACAGUAAAGCUGUUCAAAAAACAAUACAUACUGUACUAGCACUACAUUAUAUGGUUAUAGUUUUAGGAUGUCGUUACUUCUCUUAAUGAAUAAAUAGUCUUGUUUUAUGUAACGUCAUCUGGUCACCAGAUACACGUAUUGACAUUAUUGUAGAUAUUUCAAUACUUUCUGAUAAGUUGCAUUAAAUUAAGCUUUGUUGAGUGGUACUACAUAUUUGAGUAAAUUGUUUUUAUUAUAGUUUCUACUUCAACGAUUUUAAGCCAUAUAUAUACAUGUUUGGUUAUAAAUUUCUGUUUGUGAAGCAUUCAAAUUAAAAUUAAGUGAUAUUUGCAAUUUAUGAUGCAACUAUAAUUAAAUAUAACUAUAACAUUAAAUGUUUUACUUGAAAUUAAAGCUAUGUUUUUAAUGUGAACAUUAUACAUGUAUUCUGCAUAUACUGUUAUAUAAAUUAACAACAAACCAUCUGUAAUAAUAUUAGAUAGUGUGUAAGCUAUCAGAAAAAAAAAAAUUGUUACUUGUUUGAAUUGGAAAUUGGAAUCGUUUUUGAACAAAAUAUAAUAAUUGUGUAAAUAAAUAUUAAAUGCAAUAAAAAUUUGAGAAAUUAGCAUUCAUCCAUCUUUUUUAUUUAUAUGUGGAUGAAUGGUUUUAUAAUCUGUCCUUUUCUUUUUUUGUUAUUAUUAUAUCAUUAUAAUAAUUUUCAAACACUUAGGAAAAUAAAAUCCAAUAUUUCUGUUCUGCGAAAGAUGUAUGUUGUAUUUUUCAUUAGGCACAGUAUACUACUAUAGGUAGUUUGUCUCGAAAUAUUGUUUAUUCUAGUAUUCCAUUAGAAGGACUAUCUGUUUAUAUUUAAAAAAGGAGUAUGUAUAUAUUAGUGCAUGCGUUUCAGUAGAGUACAUAAUGUUAGACAAAUAUUUACGUUAUGUACACGACGUAUAUAAUUAAAUUAAGUCCCAUACGCCCAUUGUGCAUUUAUUUUAUGAUAGUUAUGAUUUUAUUUGAUCAUCAGCUGUUUUAUUGUCACUAGGUGCGUAGGAAGUUUUUUAGUGUGCUCUGUGAAAAGAAUAGAAAAAAAGCAAUAUUUAUGCUAAAUGCUAAUAAUAUUAGUAUAUAGGAAGAUCUGUUAAAAUAAAACAUAUUAGAAAUUAAGUUUUCGGAUUUUAUGAUAUAUCAAAAUAGAGAUGCAGCUGAAUGAAAGUGUAAAAAUUUGUGCUCAAAUAAACUUGUCUGUCCAGUACAAAUCAUACUACUUUUAUGUUUGCGGAUUAGAACGUGCGGUUCACUAUUUACAUAAUAUUUAAGACUGCUAUAUAAGGUUUGCUGCAAAUAAAGCAUUUUAGGAUAAUGUGAUUUUCGGAAAACACGUUCAAUGUGUUUUCGUUAUUAUCGUAUGUAAGUUUCAUUAAGUGUAACUGUAAAGCGGAAUUAUAUUUUAAUUUUCUUUUUAAUAAUGAUAGUGAAUUAAAAUAUUUUGUUUAAAUAUUAUGCAAUUCCUAGUCCUAGUCAAUGCGUAUAGAAUAUUGAAGAUCAAUCAAAUUUAUUAUAUGCGUACAUAGGUCACACAUAAACAUACUAAAAGCACAUUAGAAAACAUACAAUAUUGAUUAAAGUUUUAAAAAUCCAAUAGUGACAUUGAAUUAUAAAAAGGAAUGUUAAGCGUUUGCAUUGAAUUUUGACAAAUAUAUGCUAUGAGAUUCAUAGUGAGCUUCAAGUAAUUUUUCAAUGUUGACAGGACCAUUGAAAUUUUGGAUUGCGUUGAAAGGGCCGGAUUUACAGACCCAUGAUAUAUUUUAAUGUAGAAAUUUGCUUGUCUCCAUUUUAGAUUUUAAUCAUAGUGUAACAGUAAAACGUUCAUUACUUUUACUACAUUGUACGACUUGAAAGAUUAGGCAUUAUAAUGUAAUUGUAAAUAGUAUACUGUAGUUAUUAAAUAAAAACUUGAAACAUA